AUGCUGGGGGCACUGGGGCUUUGGACUCUGCUUCCUGCAGUUGCACAAGCAUCCCCAAACAGGAGGACCUGUGUGUUCUUUGAGGCUCCUGGAGUACGGGGAAGCACAAAGACACUGGGGGAAGUGCUAGAUGCAAAACCAGGGACCCCCAAGAGUAUCCGCUGCCUCUACAGUCAUUGCUGCUUUGGCAUCUGGAAUCUGACCCAUGGCCAGGCACACGUGGAGAUGCAAGGAUGUCGAGACAGUGAUGAGCCAGGCUGUGAGUCCGUCCACUGUGACCCAGUCCCCCGAGCCCACCCCCGCCCGGGCUCUGCUCUCUUCACAUGCUCCUGUGGAACUGACUUCUGUAAUGCCAAUUACAGCCAUCUGCCUCCUUCAGGGGACCCAGGGGCUCCUGGCCCCCAGGAUCCCCAGUCUACCUCAGGUGGGCCCGUCUGGAUGGCACUGCUGCUGCUGGGGAUGUUCCUAGCGCUGCUCAUGUGUAGCGUCAUCCUGGCCCUGCUACAACGAAAGACCUGCGGAGUGCACGGUGGGUCAGACCCCGAGCCAGGCGCAGGCCCAGGCAGAGACUGUGGAGACUGUGAGGAACUGCCGGAGCUGGCUGAGCUGUGCUUCUCCCAGGUGAUCCAAGAAGGAGGGCACGCAGUCGUCUGGGCCGGGAGGCUUCAGGGUGAGAUGGUAGCCAUCAAGGCCUUUCCCCCAAGGGCUGUGGCCCAGUUCCGAGCGGAGCGAGCUGUGUACCAGCUGCCGGGCCUACAGCACGACCACAUCGUGCGCUUUAUUACCGCUGGCCAGGGGGGCCCUGGCCCUCUCCCAUCUGUGCCUUUGCUGGUUCUGGAACUGUAUCCUAAGGGUUCCCUGUGUCACUACUUGACCCAGUGCACCAGUGACUGGGCAAGUUCCUUGAGGAUGGCUCUGUCCCUGGCUGAGGGCCUGGCAUUUCUCCAUGAGGAGCGCUGGCAGGAUGGUCAAUAUAAACCAGGUAUUGCCCACCGAGACUUGAGCAGCCAGAAUGUGCUCGUUCGGGAAGAUAGGUCAUGCGCCAUUGGCGACUUGGGCCUUGCCUUGGUGCUCCCUGGCCUUGCCAGGCCCCCUGCCUCAGCCCCUACUCAACCCGGAGGCCCAGCUGUCAUUUUGGAGGCUGGCACGCAGAGGUACAUGGCUCCGGAGCUCUUAGACAGGACUCUCGACCUGCAGGACUGGGGCACAGCCCUUCAGAGAGCAGAUAUUUACUCCCUGGCUCUGCUCUUGUGGGAGAUCCUGAGCCGCUGUUCAGAUCUGAGGCCCGACCGCAGACCACCACCUUUUCAACUGGCCUAUGAGGCGGAACUGGGCAGCAAUCCCAGUGCCUGUGAGCUCUGGGCCUUGGCAGUAGAGGAGAGGCGGCGCCCCCGCAUCCCGUCCACCUGGGGCUGCUCCACCACAGACCCCGAGGGGCUGAGGGAGCUCCUAGAAGACUGCUGGGAUGCAGACCCGGAAGCGCGACUGACGGCCGAGUGUGUGCAGCAGCGCCUGGCAGCCCUGGCUUACCCACAGGUGGCUUCUUCCUUCCCAGAGAGCUGUCCUUCAGCACCGGCCUCUGCCCCUCUCCCCUGCAGGCCUCAGCAGGCUUCCUGCCACCUCAGUGUUCAGCAAGGCCCCGGCUCCAGGAGUCCUCAGCCUGUCAGUAUCAGUACUAGUGUUCAUGUGUAA